AUGACUUCACAGGCCGCUGCCGCUGCCGCCCGCUCCGCCGCCAACCCUUACCGCGUCCUGAUCGCGGGCGGGUGCUACGGCGGCCUUGCUGCCGCCGUUAACCUCAUCGAGAAGUGCGACACGAUCGAGAACCCUAUCCCCAUCGACAUCACCAUCGUCGAUGAGCGUGAUGGCUACUACCAUCUCAUCGGCUCACCCCUCGCCCUGUCCUCGGUCAGCUACUCCGAGAAGGCUUGGGUCGUGUUCAAGGACAUCCCUGUGCUGCAGCGCCCCGACGUGCGCUUCGUCCACGGCUCCCUCAGCAAGGUCGACUGUGAGCGCAAGGUCGCCACCAUCCUCGAGUUUCCCGACAGGACUCCUCGCGAGCAAUCGUACGACUUCUUUGUCGCUGCCACGGGCCUCCGCCGAGAGUGGCCCACCGUGCCCCAGUCCACCACCCGUGAGACCUAUCUCGAGGAGACUCGCCGCCACAUCGAGGCGGUUACCGCGCCCAACGCCUCCGUGCUCGUCGUUGGUGGAGGUGCCGUCGGAAUUGAGAUGGCCGCCGAGCUGAAGUACGUACAACCGCACGUCAAGGUGACGCUCGCGCAUUCGCGGGACAAGCUCUUGUCGGCCGAGCCGCUGCCCGACAGCGUCAAGGACUGCGCCCUGGAGUUGACGCAGCAGGGCGGCGUGGAGGUGCUGCUGAACCACCGGCUGCUGCGCACGACGCCCAUUCCUAGUGAGAAGAAGGACGGAGCUACCGAGGAGGAGGCCGCGGCGGCGUACGAGGUCGAGUUCGAGAACGGCCACCGGCUGAAGGUGACGCACGUCAUCAUGGCGGUGUCGCGCAGCGUGCCGACGUCCGGGUACCUGCCGCCGGCCGCGCUCGCAGACGACGGCUACGUGUUGGUGCGGCCGACGCUGCAGCUGCAGCCAUCGGUGCACGUGCCGAAUGCCGACACGCAUUUCGCCGUCGGCGACAUGAUCAGCUGGACCGGCAUCAAGCGCUGCGGGUCUGCCAUGUACCAGGGCCUGCACGCCGGCCGCAAUAUCCACCAGAUGAUUUUGCAGGAUUUGCGCCGCGUCGAGGGCGGCGAGAUCGAGCCUCCGGUCUUCAUGGAGAUCAGCCCCACGCCCCCCAUGAUAGGCCUCGCCGUCGGCAAUACCGCGCUGGCCUACGGCACAGACGGUAUGAAGCAUGGCCGCCAGAUCAUGGAGUGGUACUUCGAGGAGGACUUGGGCUUCAGAAUCUGCUGGGAUCAUAUCCGCCUCGGUGGUUUGAAGGCAUAA